AUGAAUUUAAGUCAUACUGGCAACAUCACGUGGGUCCCAAACAGGCCGGCCGGACGUGGAGACUGCGCUGCCUUGUCGCAGACUGGACAACUUGAGGACCGGCCCUGCACCAAUGCUCGGCCAUUCAUCUGUAAAAAAGCCAAGGUCCGAGACUUUCUUCUUCCUCCGCCGCCAGGCUGGAGUGCAAAGUGCGGCUGGUGGCUGGAGCGACCCUCCUCCGACUUCUGCUACCUGAUUCAACGCAAGCCCACCAAGACUUGGGAGGAGGCGCGAGACGACUGCCUUCGCCGCGGAGGAGACCUUCUCAGCAUCGCCGACUCAAUAGAACAGACCUUCAUACAGAGUCUGCACACUUUUCUGCCGAGCGCUCCCUCUCUGUGGUUGGGCGUCGACAACAACGUCACCAAAGACGGCAGCAAGUGGAUUGACGGAUCUCCGUUCGUUUACAUCGUCAUGGACAGAGAUGACCCCGGUGACCUCUCUGGUGCGUCCUGUCUUUCCUUGCUCACGAGCAACGGCCGCUGGAAGUUUGACGAUUGCCGGAAGAAGGGAGGCUACAUCUGCAAGAAACGAGGAAACAUUCCAAAACCGCCGCAGCAGCCUCAUGACGGCUUUAAGGAGAUCCUUGUCUGCAACAAGCAUUCUGCUGACCUCGUGUGUGAGGCUGAGGGUCAGAAGCAAAGCCGCAUCAGCAUCCAGUCCGCCUUUUACGGUCGGCGGAGUGACGACGUUUGCCAGGAGGACGGCGACUCAUUCAACGACUACUCAUUCGACGACGACGACUCAUUGGAAAACGAGACCACCUGCUCAGUGGAAGGCAUCGUCCCUCGCUACAGGAAAAUGUGCAACAGCCAGCAAAAAUGCCACAUUGAGGUUUUGGAGGACAAGUCCUGCCCUGCCCCCUCCAAAUAUCUGCAGAUGGUCUAUAGCUGUGAACAGAAAGUGUGUCUCGACAGUCUGGGCAUCUCCGACGGCAGCGUCGCAGACUCUUCCUUCAAAGCCUCCUCCUCAAUGGAAGACGCCACCCCAGAUAAAGCCCGCCUCACCGGGGAGUCCUGCUGGAAGCCGUCAAAAAAUGUCCUCGGCAGCUGGAUCCUGGUGAACCUCAGCUACACGAGAAAGGUGACUGCGAUCGUGACCCAGGGCUGCAAUAGCACCGAUAUUCGCUCCUGGAACAUCCCACUUGAGAUGAGACUGAGCGUUGAUAGGAAGAAGUGGACCAAACACCCGGACGGGAAGUUCAUCGGCGGUGGGACUCAUUUGCUUGAGACGCCCGCGUUCGCUCAGUACGUCCGCAUCCUGCCGCUGGAGAAUCGUCCAGAAUUUGGCCUCCGCUUUGACAUCUUGGGAUGCGCACAUGAAGAUGAGACGACCUGCGCCAGAAAGUUCAACAGCGUCCGCUUCACCGAUUCGAUGACGUUCUACUGUCCGCCCAGGUGUGGCAAAGAGGAACACUUUGCCGCUGGAACAUUGGUCUACUCGGAGGACUCGCACAUCUGCGCGGCCGCCAUUCACGCCGGCGUCAUCCGGAACGACAUCGGAGGAGAUUGUAUUGUGAUGAGAGCUCCCAAACAGCAAGUCUACACGGGCUCCACCGGGAACGGGAUCACCUCCAGACAUUUGAACGACCCGCUGGGUGUGUCUCACACGUUUGCGGACGGGGAGCCCAGAUGCGCGGCGCCUGACUGGGAGGAGUUUGCCGGGUUCUGCUACAAAACGUUUGACGAGGAAAAGAACUGGGCUGAUGCGCAACAGGUGUGUCGUGGUUUCGGUGCCGAACUGGUGUCCAUCCGCAGCGAGAUGGAGCAGGCGUCAGUGAAAAAUGUCUCCCACCUUGAAACCAGCGACAUGUGGACCGGACUGAACGACCUGGCGCUUCCCGGCACGUUGGUGUGGUCGGACCGCCACGAGGUGACCUUCACCCACUGGGCCGCGGGAGAACCCGUCCAGCGCGUCGGCCUUGACCAACACUGCGUGGCUGUGUUACGGCAGGUGCGUCCUGAAAUGAGCAUUAGGAAGAAGAAGAGCUUUGCGCUCCACUGAAAUGGAUUGUUUUCU